UGUUCCAACUGGCCAACACAACAGCCACGCCUGACCCCACAGCCGCUCCUCUUCGCGAGGAGAAAAGGACCCAAAAAAAAUCCCCACCCCCCGAUUCGUAAACCCCACGCGAGAUGGCGCCGCGCACCUCGUCGGAGUCGUCGCCGACGACGGACGGCUCCGCGUCCGCUGCGGGCUCCGCAUCAUCCCCUACCUGCUCUGCUUCGUCCGCGGCCUGGUCCGUGCCCUCGUCGACUUGGAAGACCACCUCCACAUCAUCCUCGGCGGUGAACUGGUGGGCGGCGCUGGCGCCCGUCAUGGAGGACCUGGCCGUCCACUACUGCUCCACCGAGUGGUGGGGACAGCUGGUGUUCGUGGUGGCCACCGUUUCGUCCGCCUUGGCCACGCCCGCGCUCCAUCUCGCCGCCCCAGCACCAGGACAACCAGAUGUUGACUUCUGCCCCUGCUGUGUCAAGUUCUUUCGCCGGGAUGCAGAGGGAUGGGAGGUGGUGGAGCGAGACCCUUAGGUUAGGGGAUUGUCGGGCUGUACACUUGAGGGCAGAGUGUUCAGCCUUUCUGUUUUGCGCAGACCGGUCUGACCGGUCCGUGGGACCGGUCUGACCGGUGGUGUCGGCAGGGUAGUGCCGACCGGUCCAACCGGUUGGGUGUACCGGUCUGACCGGUCAUGGUUAAUCAGGGUUUUUGCAGGCUAGUGUAGUUGUAGGAUCUAGUCUAUUCGAACUUCAGUACAUCGGUUGUAAAGUUUGUAAAUUAUGCAACUCUUGUAAAUUAUAUAUAUAUUUGAACUCGGAUUGUAAAACCUAAUGUUUGUACUCA